AUGUAUAUUAUCAAUCAAGGAAUGCCAUGUCGACAUCAAUAUCGGGUUCUUCUUCAGUUUAGUAAAGCUAUUUUUCAUAUGGGUUUAUUCAUCCACAUUGUUGCUCAAGGAAAUAAAGAUUAUACCACCAAAGCUUUAUAUUAUAUUGAUCAAAUUCGGUCUGCAAAUGUUUAUACGUCAAAUAUUAAAGAAAAAGUUAGUAAAAAGAUUGAGUUUGGUUCUACUAUGUUAGUAGCAAAGACAAGUGUUCAAGUUGCUGUAGCAGAAGGUGUUACAUCAGAAUUGAUCGGACUUCUUACCCAAUUCAUUACGAAAUAUCAUCAUAAUACUGGAUUAAAUAUAGAGGAAGUUCAUUCUAUAUCACAUUUUAAUGAUGAAAUUCAAGAAUCCUUCUAUAAUUACCAGCGACAGCUAUUAGUUGUAGUGGAAGAAUGUAAUAUUCUGAAAAUAUCAAAUCCAGAAUAUCACAAGCCAAAAGGUCAUCCUUCGAAAUGA